UAGCCAUAGGAUAACAAAAGUACGGCUCUCAUCAUCCAACGCUCGCCGUCCGUCUUCCAUGAGCAGCCUUCCUGCCACGUCAUCAAUGGCGAUGGGUGGCUGAGAGUCAAAACUCCCCCACUCUUGGUCUCCCCCCACUCCCCCCAUGGCGUCCCUCGCCUCCCCUCUCCCCUGCCGCACCGCCGCCGCCGCCGCUCGCUUCCCUGCCGCCGCCGCCGCCGCCAGCGGCAGUAGGCGCAUCGUCGGCCCGCCCGCUUCCCCACUCCUCUCCUCCGCUUCUGCGCGCUUCCCCCGUUCCCCCCGCGACGCCGCACCUCGCCGUCGGCGCGACGCCGUCCGGGUGUGCUCUCAAGCUGGUGCGGCUGGACCAGCCCCAUUAUCGAAGACAUUGUCAGAUCUCAAGGACUCUUGCUGGAGAUUUUUGAGACCACAUACUAUUCGAGGAACUGCUUUGGGAUCCAUAGCAUUGGUUGCUAGAGCUUUGAUAGAGAAUUCCCAUCUGAUAAAUUGGUGGUUGGUAUUCAAAGCGUUUUAUGGGCUUGUGGCAUUAAUCUGUGGCAAUGGCUACAUAGUUGGGAUUAAUCAGAUCUACGACAUUAGAAUUGACAAGGUAAACAAGCCAUAUUUACCCAUUGCUGCCGGUGAUCUCUCAGUUCAGUCAGCAUGGCUAUUGGUUAUAUUAUUCGCAGCUGCGGGAUUUUCAAUUGUUGUGACUAACUUUGGACCUUUCAUUACCUCUCUAUAUUGCCUUGGUCUAUUUCUUGGCACCAUAUACUCUGUUCCUCCAUUCAGACUGAAGAGAUAUCCUGUUGCUGCUUUUCUUAUCAUUGCAACGGUCCGUGGUUUUCUUCUCAACUUUGGUGUGUACUACGCUACUAGAGCAGCACUAGGUCUUACAUUCCAAUGGAGCUUGCCUGUUGCUUUCAUUACAUGUUUCGUGACUUUAUUUGCUUUGGUCAUUGCUAUAACCAAAGAUCUCCCGGAUGUGGAAGGGGACCGCAAAUAUCAAAUAUCAACUUUGGCGACUAAGCUCGGUGUCAGAAACAUUGCCUUCCUUGGCUCUGGUUUAUUGAUAGCAAAUUAUAUUGCCGCCAUUGCAGUAGCUUUUCUCAUGCCUCAGGCUUUCAGGCGCACUGUAAUGGUACCUGUGCAUGCUGCCCUAGCCGCUGGUUUGAUUUUCCAGACAUGGGUUCUGGAGCAAGCAAAAUAUACUAAGGACGCUAUUUCACAGUACUACCGGUUCAUUUGGAAUCUCUUCUAUGCUGAAUAUAUCUUCUUCCCGUUAAUAUAGAGACCAAGCAAUAUGACAAGCUCUCCAUGUUGAGUGCGGCAAAAAAAAAGCUCAUAUGAACAGGGAAACGAACAUGUCAUCCAAGGGAACGAAGUUAGAAUUGGAAGACUCUGCUAUCUCCCGCUCUCCCUCCGGCUGUAAAGGAUAAGCGUUGUUGUGCAUAUAUAUGAAAGUAAAGUGAUUAAAGAGAUGCUACUAGAAUCCUCAUAGAAUUAUAUAGUGGUCGUCAUCAGUGGAAUAUGCCGUGCCGUUGAAUAAACACUGUUAUCUUAUAGAGCAAGUUAACAGGUUAUUAGGUCCUGUCUUUUCUUCUUUUCUUUGAGAUGUACUAGACCUGUCUGAGUUUUGAGGGAUUGAGCUUAGAUUUGUUGGAUUGAAGCUAUUGUCACAAACGGAUUAUGCUGUUGGGGGCUAAAGGUGACCUUGCUUUCUACUACCAGAGAGGUUGAUGGUAGAUUGGUAGGUCAUGACUUGAGACAACUCACCUUGACAACAUGGAAUCAUAUCUUCUGGUACAAUAAGAAAGAGAGUAAAUUUUUAUGGUUAAAAUUAUAGAAAA